CCUGCGGACCGAUUUUAUUCCGGAUCUACCGGAACAGCGAAUGAGGCCUUUUCUGUAACCGAAUACGUCCCGUGGAAAUAAUUUGCCUUACUCUUCUGUUUGUAAAUGCCAGUAAUUAUACCGGCUACGGAAAAAGCUUUUAAUUUGAACAUAAUUUCGUUACGUCCACAUACGUUGUUACGUCUGCCGUAAAGGUAUAAAUUAUAAUAAUUGCAGCCAUGAGCAGGAUCAAUAGUUGUGUACCAGUUUUAUAACUAUGGGAUACGUGAAUGAUUGUUGAAUGUGGAUAUGCUACGGUUAUCCCAGCAGCGCAAAUGGCUUAUGCUGACGCUUUCCCAUUGUAAUCACCAGUAUGAUGAGGACAUGAUAACGCUGGCGGCGUAUAACGAGCGAUUUCGAUGGCAGAAGAAUCUGACGUUAACAAUAUCCCUGCAAAUGAAGAUGCUCGAUCUGAAAAUCCUCAGGCCCUACAUGAUCAUCAUCAUCAGUCGUUUUUCGGCGUCGCGCUUGUUGUCAGGCUUCUUGUGCUGGCUGCUCGCCGACGACGGAAUAGGAAGGUGCGACCGGACUUGGACCCUGACGCUGUUACGGUUGAUCCCGUGGCCGAGCCAGUUCAGUUUCACGAGCAACUUCCUGAAGCUGACCCUUACGCAUUACGAUGGGGAUUAAGGUUUAAUCCUAAAUGGGUGUUAAAACCGUGGUGGCGAUCUUAUUUUUUCUGGCUGAUGAUUGUAUCGGGCGCGGUGAUGUACAAUCUGCUCAUAAUAUUUCCCCGUGCGGUUUUUGAACAAAUGGAGAAUUACAAUACAUACCGGAUAACCUGGAUUGUCCUGGACUAUUUCUGUGAUGCACUUUAUCUUUGUGAUACGGUCAUCAAAUUUUUGACAGGCUACCUCGAGAACGGCAUAAUCGUCCGAGAACCUCGCCGGCUAUGGGUGAAAUACCGGUCUAGUCGAGAUUUUAAGUUGGAUUUAAUCAGCAUACUACCAACUGAUUUCGUUUUCAUCUACACCGGCGAGCGUGUCCCAUGGGUAAUUCUUCGUGUGAACCGUCUCUUCCGGCUACCUCGCCUCGCUGAAUUUAUUUAUCGAGCCGAGACGAGAUCUGAUUAUCCAAUAUUCCUGCGGAUAUCCGUUCUUAUAGGGUCCCUUUUAGUCAUCACGCACAUUAAUGCAUGUCUCUACUAUUACGUCAGCUGUCAACUUGACCUCGACCAAAGAGAUGGCUGGAAAUAUCCAGGCACGGCGAGAUGGAACGACACCCUAUCCCACUACGACGACACGCUACAGCAGAAAUACAUCUUUAGUUUUUACUGGUCAGCGAUGCUGUUAACGUCCAUUUUACCCAAUAUGAAUAACCCGCGCACUACGGCCGAAAUUUUCUUUCACUGCAUGGAGAUCUUUGCCGGCAUGUUGAUUUUUGCCACCAUCGUGGCCCGAAUCGGUGGGGAAAUAGCUAAUAUCAGCCGGAAACGCGACAUCUUCCGGCGGAAAGGCGAAGGUGUCAAGGCUUACAUGAAAGUUCACCGGGAAGUUGGGGAAGAUCUGGAGACACGAGUUGUUAAAUGGUUCGAUUACAUCUGGUCGACGAAGCAGGAUUUAGAUGAGGAAUCCGUCCUGACGCUGCUGCCCACCAAACUCAAAGCAGAGAUUGCCCGUUUUGUGCAUUUUGAAGUACUAAAACAAGUACGGCUAUUUCAUGACGUGGAGGACCAGUUUCUGGAAGAGCUGGUGCUGAAAUUAAAAUUCGAGCCCUUCAGUCCCGGCGACUACAUCUGUCGGAAAGGCGAUAUUGGAAGACAAAUGUACGUUGUUCGACGUGGAAAACUGAGCGUUGUGUCAGAUGACGGUACGAAAGUCUUCGCCACACUGGCCGCCGGAACAGUUUUCGGUGAAUUAAGCAUUUUAAAUAUUCCGGGAAGUAAAAACGGCAAUCGCCGCACCGCUAACGUCCGCGCUGUGGGCUAUGCUGACCUAUUCAGUCUGUCAAAGGAAGAUCUAUGGGAUGCGCUCAAAGAAUAUCCCCAAGUUCGGGACAACCUCCUGCACAAGGCCAGCACAAUACUGCAUCGUGACGGACUGAUUGACGACAGUGUUGCCGAACAGGCCCGCCGGCAGGAGCGCGAUUGGCCCGCUGUCACUGAGACCAUUGAAAAAGGCCUGGAAAAUCUCAACCUCCACAUGCACAAAUUUCUUAACGAUUACUUCGAAGCUAUUAGCAAUUUGAACAAGGAACUAUCCGAGCUGGAAUCUCGUAAUCACGGCAUGUUGCACCGCAGUCAUAAAAGUCAUUCAAGCGAGCGGGGGAUCGGCGCCGAUUACGUUCAGCCGGCGAUAUUUUUGCGGAUGACUUAGCCGAGCCAUUUCCGGUCGACAUCGUGGAUGUUUCGUUCCGUUAAUUAUCCGAAUCACACCGAUAAUAAUCAAACCAUUCCGUCUUCUCAAAAACUCUUAGAACUUCUUUCCUUUUACACAUGCCCUGUAACACUGUACCAGUUUUUUUGCUCACGAGUUCCAAAAGACUACUUUUUGCCGCUACCUGUGAUACGCCCCUCUCGAGCUGCAUUAUAAGAAUAUUACCGUGUCGAACACAAAUCUGGUGAAUAUUUAUCUUUGGUCUGUCAUUUCCCUGUUCGCAAUAUUUACUAGGCACAAAAUUUUCGGAACAGCUUUGUACAAAUGAAAUAAAAACGCAAGCA